UUUCAUUUCUUCAUUUUUCCUUGGUCACCGAGGGUCGGUUGUUUUGUUGUGUUGUUCCUCCUUUCACCGUUCGCUUCUUUAACCACCUUCAAAACCACCACCCACACACGAAGAGAGAGAAAACAUUCGAAUCAUCGUCAAUCGAUCGUUAAGCUUUCUCGCACCUUUUUCCAUCAAUGGCGGCGAUCUUAGCUCGGAAAUCUCUUCUCGCUAUUCGUUCUCGUCAGCUCGCUUUGACUGGGCAAGCAUUCCAAGGCUUCAACCAGCUGGAAACAAGAUCAUUCGCCACCAAACAUUCAUUUUCCACUGAUAAAGAUGAUGAAGAAAGAGAGAAGCUUACCAGGGAGAUAUCAAAGGAUUGGAGUUCAGUUUUUGAGAGAAGCAUAAAUACUUUGUUUCUCACGGAGAUGGUUCGAGGGUUAUCUUUGACUCUCAAGUACUUCUUCGAUGAGAAAGUGACUAUCAAUUACCCCUUUGAAAAGGGCCCUUUGAGCCCUCGUUUUCGUGGAGAACAUGCUCUUCGUCGUUAUCCAACUGGAGAGGAACGAUGCAUUGCCUGUAAACUCUGUGAAGCUGUCUGCCCUGCUCAAGCUAUAACUAUCGAGGCAGAAGCAAGGGAAGAUGGAAGCCGUAGGACAACCAGGUAUGAUAUUGACAUGACGAAAUGCAUUUACUGUGGUUUCUGCCAAGAGGCAUGCCCUGUUGAUGCCAUUGUUGAAGGACCAAACUUUGAAUUUGCAACAGAAACUCAUGAGGAGCUUCUGUAUGACAAAGAAAAGCUGCUGGAGAAUGGUGAUCGAUGGGAAACUGAGAUCGCAGAGAAUCUAAGAUCAGAAAGUUUGUAUCGCUGAUCUUUGAUGGUUUGAUGAGGCUAUGAUGUUUGUCAUAUUUUUGGGCUUCUGGAUGAAAAGUCAAUAAAUUUCUCUGUAUAUGGAGCUUCAGAGAUCGUUUUGUUGUCAUUCCUCAUGUAAACAAUGUUAAAUUGCAAUCUUGUAGAUUUUGAUAUACUGGUAGCCAUUGGUCGACUGGUCGCGGUGGCUAAAUUACUCAAUUUACAUAUCAGUGCACCAUUUUAGGCUUUGUUUCAUCCCCAAUAGGGUAAAACAAUAUACCAUUUUAGGCCUAUAUUUCCAUUGAUGUGAUUGACGAUGUUUCUUUCCA